AUGACUUCUAAAGUUCACUCACAAUUAAACGAAUCUGACAUCUAGAAAGUUAACUAUCCUGAUUUAGCUGAAGUCAGAUACGAUCAAAAUAGUGACAAAAUAUUUGUUGGAAUUCCAACUCAAAAUCAUUAUAUCCAAAAUGGAAUCCCUAUACCCAAUGGAUUUCUCAUUACUCCCAUUUAUAACAAUGAAAUUCCCUGCACAAAUGUCCCCUUUGAUGCCUAGGGAUCAGUAAUCCCAAUUUAAAUGCAAUGCAAAUACUGCCGCAAGAUUGGAACCACAAUUAUGCAACAUCGAGCUGGUCCAUAAACUUGGAUCGUUUCAUUUUUGCUUUUCAUUUUCUUCCUCCCACUAUUCUUUUUACCAUUCCUACUCGAAAAUUGCAAAGACAAAGUACAUUACUGUCCUAAUUGUGGAUAAUGUGUUGGGAAGAAGAAAUACAAAUUAUGCAAUAGUGAUUGA